UCACUUUCUGUUUGUUAGUUUGUCGACUUGCAAGCUGAGUCUUUAUUGCAGGUUCGUCUUCUCAAAAUCAAAGCCAGAGCAAUUAAUUUCUGUGAAUAAAAUCAAAAUCUCCCAAAUCUGUACAUAGCUUAUCUGUAUACGCAUUCAAACCACCAACAACCUCCUUCAAUUCGCCAUAAUAUCCCCCAUCUGCUUCCCUCUCUAUUAUCAUUAUUAUCUUCAACACCCAAAACGAAACCCUAGGUUCUUCGAUUUUCCAAUUCUUAAUCUGUCCCCAUCCCCGCUUGUUACUUCUUCCUGUAAUUGUUAUCCAACUUCACUAUUCAAGCUCUGGGGUUUUAAAUUUCUUGCAACUCUAGGGCUGAUUCUGUCUCUGUGGUUAUAAAUGGAUUUGGAAUUGGUGAACAAGGCUUUGAAUUUCUCCCGCAGAAGAAAGAAAUGGCUUGUUCUGUUAGCUCUCUUUGGUGUAUCUGGUUAUGGUGCCUACAGGGUGUAUAAUUUACCCUCUGUGGCCAUGAAGAGGAGGAGAUUGAUGAAGCUCGUAGGGGCCCUACUUGCGGUAGGGGAAAUGGUGUCUGAUUCCUCGGAGAUAAUUAGUGUUGUAUCUAGGGAUUUGAAGCAGUUUCUGCAGUCUGAUUCGGGUGAAAUUCCUAAUAGCUUGAAGCAAAUUUCUAAGAUUGCAAGGUCAAAGGAGUUCUCUGACUCGUUGACUAGGGUUUCUGAGGCUGUAACACUUGGGAUUUUGCGGGGAUACAAGUCUCAUGCUGGGAGUGAUAAUGAAUUGGAUGGAGGUGGGGUGAAUACAAGUUUUACUGAUAGGAUGAUGGAGAAGAUGUUAUCUAAUUCUGGAACUGGGUUUGCUUCUGUUGUUGUGGGUAGUUUUGCUAGGAAUUUUGUCAUGGGUUUCUACGCAAAUGAGGGAUCUUCAACUAAUCAGAGGAAUGUGUUGCAAAGUGGAUCAAACCCACCGGGUUUGCCUGGAUGGGUAAACAUGGUUUGUGAUGACAGGUGUAAAGAGCUCAUCGGUGAUUGCAUACAGAAGUUUGUGGGCACAGCAGUUGCAGUUUUUCUUGACAAGACGAUGGAUAUCAAUACUUACGACGAGCUUUUUGCGGGGAUGACUAAUCCUAAACAUCAAACCGAUGUGAGGGACAUGUUGGUUUAUAUUUGCAAUGGUGCUGUGGAGACCCUAGUUAAAACAUCGCAUCAAGUCUUGACUGGUUCAAAUUCAAAUGCAAGCUCAAGCUCUACUUGUUCUACUGUUGAUCACUGUGAAAAUGCUAGUGAAACCAAGGAUAAUUGUGUUACGCAAGAAGCAUACUCAAACCAAGUGAAAGAGGACAGUUCAUUUGGUAGUAUUCAGAGUAGUGGUUGGGUGGGAAUGGUGUCCUCCACAUUGGCUGAGCCAAGGAAUAGGAAGUUUGUGUUUGAUGUUUCCGGAAGAGUGACAUUUGAAACGUUAAGAUCUCUAGUGGAAUUUUUACUAUGGAAGCUAUCAGAUGGUUUGAAAAGAAGUGUACAUGUAGUUCACGAGGAUGCUGUGAAUAGGGGAAUGCAAAUUGUCAGAUAUGUUAGUGCUAAGUCAUCUGUUAUUGUUACCAUAUGUCUUGCUUUGUACUUACAUGUUAUGGGUGGUACUAGGGUUCUGAUGCCUGCAUAAGUUCAUGGAUUUCUCUGUCCUUCGUAUGGCACCUGUUGUUAUUGAAAUGUCAUCGUAGUUUAUCGAUACUACUACUUUUGAGGAGGACUUCAUGCACUUCACUUCAGUCAUUAAUUGAAAUGCUAUAGCUGGGACGAAUAAUUCUGUCUGUUAGCUCAGCUUGGUGAAA